AUGGCUGCAAGGAAGCCUGGAUUAAUUGCUUUGUUCGAUGUCGACGGUACUCUCACAGCUCCUAGAAAGGUGGUCACUCCCGAGAUGCUGAAGUUUAUGCAGGAACUUCGAAAGGUUGUUACAGUUGGUGUUGUUGGAGGGUCGGACCUUGUUAAGAUAUCGGAGCAGCUUGGGAAGUCAGUUAUAAAUGACUAUGAUUAUGUAUUUUCUGAAAAUGGGCUUGUGGCCAUAAGGAUGGCAAGCUCAUUGGGACCCAGUAAGUUGCUAGAAGUCAAAGGGAAGGAAUUUAUUAAUUAUACACUGCAUUACAUUGCUGACUUGGAUAUUCCAAUUAAAAGAGGAACAUUUAUAGAGUUCCGAAGUGGGAUGCUCAAUAUAUCACCAAUUGGGCGAAACUGCAGCCAGGAAGAAAGGGAUGAGUUUGAGAAGUAUGACAAGGUUCACAACAUACGCCCCAAGAUGGUGUCUGUGCUUCGUGAGAAAUUUGCCCACCUUAACCUCACCAUUUCCAUAGGAGGACAAAUAAGCUUUGAUGUUUUCCCUCAAGGCUGGGACAAGACUUACUGCUUGAGAUACCUGGAUGAUUUUCAGGAAAUCCACUUCUUUGGUGACAAAACUUAUAAGGGAGGAAAUGACCAUGAGAUAUACGAAUCGGAGAGAAACAAGUGGUCACACAGGUCUGCUCUGUAUUUCAGCUUUAUUUCACAAUUAUGUCCCACCCCUUAA